UAUUUCCACCAUAGAAGACAAACUCAUCUCCCCCAAUUUCAACUCUGUUUUCCUCGUCCAAAACCCUAUUUCCAUGAUUACAACCUCCUAAUUUCUCAAACCAAUAUCAGUUACAGCUUUGAUAGAUGAGGUGCAAGAAGCACUACACCGAUCUCAGUAGUAUCGUCGGCGUCUGCGCUUCUUGUCUCCGUGAACGCCUCUUUUCACUCGUCGCUGCUCAAGAACAGGCACGAGCGCAAGCACAGGCACAGGCUCAAGCUCAAGCUCAAGCCCUAGAAGAUAAAAAUCGCAAUUCAGACACGCAUCUGGUGUUUCCUCGUUCUGUUUCUCCUUACAUAAGUCGCCGGAAAUCCGAUAAUUCCGCCGCAUCGAUCGUAGCUGACGCAUGGCCUAACGACAGUCAUCAUUACAGUCGUCAUCAUAGCCUUCCGGAUCAGCGGUAUUUUAGCACGCCACAGGUAGGGCCUACCACCGGUGGCUAUAAUUCAAGCCGUAAGAAGCGUCAUAGUUUUAUUCGCUUCUCUUUGUUAUCGAAUUUCUUCAGAUCUAAGAAACGAAACGAGGAUUCGAAUCCUCGAUUUUCGGUUUCAAAUUCUGGUGGAUCAUGCAAUGCUGGUGAUAGUGCCACGUCAGCAAUGUCGUCGCCUUCCUGGUUCUCAAACAUUAGGUCCGGUGGUGGUAGCCGGACGAAGCAACCGUUUUAUUGUAAAGAGGCUUCAACAGCCUCCAGAGCUGGCGUGAUGAGGAAGCUGUACUGUCCAGAUCGGGGCAUGUCUCCUGUCAGAUACUCCGAUGGUUAUGGCGGUGGUGCAGAAGACGAAUUCUGCGAUGGAUCCAGCGGAUACGAGUCGUGUGAGUCGCGGAAACAGACUCCGUGGAGGACUCCAGCUCAUCCUUCGGUCCGGCGCGGUAGUGGAAACGGCAAGAAUGUUUCUGGACUAACUUUCUGUUUGAGUCCAUUGGUUCGAGCUAGCCCUAACCGGCAUUGGAACCAGAAAGGAAUGCCACCGGCGGACGGCGAGAUGAGAGCUCCGGUGAAGCCUCACUUGUCCAUCACCAAAUCCUUCUGUGCAAACAGAUCAAGAAAGCUCGCUGAUUUUGGGAGAUUCAAUACAAACCGUUGAUUUCGAUGACCGUCGAACAUUGACCAAGUGAGCGAACACAUUUGACUCCCGUUUAAAGUACCAUUUUGCCCUUGCUGCCUUUUUAUGCCUGUUUCCUACUAGUAGCAGUAGCAUUAAAUACUGUUAGAAAUAAAAAAAGAAAUGAUUUUAAGAAUUUUUUUAGUUUUUCUUCUGUAAUUACCAAUUUGGACAUGAGUAUACCUUGUAAUUACAAAUUUACCCUCGUCUUUAAUUCAACUCGAGUGUGGGGCCUGCUGGGCAGG